UGGGAUUGCAGGCAUGAGCCACCACACCCGGCCCACUUCCUCCAUCUUUAAAGGUAUUCUCGUGGAUCUAAUCACCAACCGAUUUUGCUCUGCCCAAGCAAGAUCUGUUUCCAGACUGCUGAGCAGAUCUCGCCGCCAAAACCCUAAAACAGGAUCGCUGAGUCAGACUGACAGAAGCACAGACCCUCCCUGAGCCCGCCCUGUCCCGGCCCCACCCUCGGCCCCCGGCCCGGCCUGUACUUUGCGCGCGCAAUUUCCUGCAGACCCGGAAGUCGAGAUCGUGGAGUGAACGUUUCGCGCGCUUUUUCUGUAGACCCGGCAGCCGUUUGCGUGGAAAGACCGUCUAGCCGCCACCUGGUUCACUUUCAAAGAGACAUAUUAUGCAAGGAAGCAACUCAGAAGAGGAAAGAAAAGAAGUCAGGAAUGGCUCUUACUCAGGGGCAAUUGUCAUUCAGGGAUGUGGCCAUAGAAUUCUCUCAGGAGGAGUGGAAAUGCCUGGACCCUGGGCAGAAAGCUUUAUACAGGGAUGUGAUGUUAGAGAACUACAGGAACCUGGUCUCCCUAGGAAUCUGUCUUCCUGGCCUGAGUGUUACCUCCAUGUUGGAGCAAAAGAGAGAUCCCUGUACUCUGCAGAGUGAAGUGAAAAUAGCAAACAAUCCAGAUGGCAGGGAGUGCAUCAAAGGGGUGAACACAGAGAAAAGUUCUAAAUCAGGAAGCAAUGCAGGAAACAGUUCACUUAAAAAUCAACAUGGAUUAACUCUUCAGUUACAUCUGACUGAAUGGCAGCCAUUUCAAGCUAUAAGGAAUAUUUAUGGAUGUAAGCAUGUUGAAAAAUCUAUCAGUGACAAUUCCUCAGUUUCACCAGUUCAAAUAAGUUUUUCCAGUGUCAAAACCCAUAUUUUUAAUAACUACAGAAAUGAUUUUCUUUUUUCUACAUUACUCCCACAAGAACAGAAAGCACACAUUAGGGAAAAGCCUUAUGGAUGUAAUGAGCAUGGGAAAGUCUUCAGAGUGUCUUCAAGCCUUACUAACCGUGAAGUAGUCCACAUUGCAGAUAAAACUUACAAAUGUAGUGACUGUGGCGAGAUCUUUAGUAGCAAUUCAAACUUUGCACAACAUCAACGAAUCCAUACUGGAGAGAAGCCUUACAAAUAUAAUGAAUGUGGCAAAGUCUUCAAUCAGAAUUCACACCUUGCACAACAUCAGAAAAUUCAUACUGGAGAGAAACCUUACAAUAACAAUGAAUGUGAGAAAGUCGUUAGUCACCAUGCCUACCUUGCACAACAUAGGAAAAUUCAUACUGGGGAGAAGCCUUACAAAUGUAGUGAAUGUGGCAAAGCAUUUAGUGUGUGUUCCAGUCUUACUGCUCAUCUUGUAAUCCACACUGGAGAGAAACCUUAUGAUUGUAAGGAAUGUGGCAAGGUCUUCAGGCACAAGUCUUCCCUAACCACUCAUCAGACAGUUCAUACUGGAGAAAGACCAUACAAAUGUAAUGAAUGUGGCAAGGGCUUUAGUCGAAUUGCACUCCUUGCAAGGCAUCGGAAAGUUCAUACUGGAGAGAAACCUUACAAAUGUAAUGAGUGUGGCAAGGUCUUUAUUGGCAAUUCACGCCUUGCACGACAUAGGAAAAUUCAUACGGGGGGGAGGCGUUACAAAUGUAAUGAAUGUGGCAAAGCAUUUAGAACAUGUUCAGAUCUCACUGCCCAUCUUCUAAUCCAUACUGGAGAGAAACCUUAUGAAUGUGUAGACUGUGGCAAGGUCUUCAGGCACAAGUCUUCCCUAACCUAUCACUGUAGAAUUCAUACUGGAGAGAAGCCUUACAAAUGCAAUGAAUGUGGCAAGGUCUUCAGUCAGAAUUCAAACCUUCAACGACAUAGGAAAAUUCAUACUGGAGAGAAGCUUUACAAAUGUAAUGAAUGUGGCAAGGUCUUCCGUCAGAAUUCACACCUUGCACAACAUAGGAAUAUUCAUACUGGAGAGAAGCCUUACAGUUGUAAUGAAUGUGGCAAGGUCUUCCGUCGGAAUUCACACCUUGUGCGACAUAGGAAUAUUCAUACUGGAGAGAAGCCUUACAGUUGUAAUGAAUGUGGCAAGGUCUUCAGUCGGAAUUCACACCUUGUGAGACAUAGGAAUAUUCAUACUGGAGAGAAGCCUUACAGUUGUAAUGAAUGUGGCAAGGUCUUCAGUCGGAAUUCACACCUUGCGCGACAUAGGAAUAUUCAUACUGGAGAGAAGCUUUACAAAUGUAAUGAAUGUAGCAAGGUCUUCAGUCGGAAUUCACGCCUUGCACAACAUAGGAAUAUUCAUACUGGAGUGAAGCCUUACAGUUGUAAUGAAUGUGGCAAGGUCUUUAGUAAAAAUUCCAUCCUAGUACAACAUUGGAGUAUUCAUACCAGAGAGAAGCCUUAAAAAUUUAGUGAAACUGGCAGGGCGCGGUGGCUCACACCUGUAAUCCCAGCACUUUGGGAGUCUGAGGUGGGUGGAUCAUGAGGUCAGGAGAUUGAGACCAUCCUGGCUAACAGUGAAACCCCAUCUCUACUAAAAAUACAAAAAAAAAAAAAAAAAAAAAAUUAGCUGGGUGUGGUGGCAGGCACCUGUAGUCCCAGCUACUCAGGAGGCUGAGGCAGGAGGAUGGCAUGAACCUGGGAGGCAGAGCCUCCAGUGAACCGAGUGAGCCACUGCACUCCAGCCUAGGUGACAGAGUGAAACUCCAUCUCAAAAAAAAAAAAAAAAUUAGUGAAGCUGCCAAGCAUGGUGGCUCAUGCCUUUAAUCCCAGUACUUUGGGAGGCCAAGGUGGCCAGAUAACCUGAGGUUAGAAGUUCGAGACCAGCCUGACCAAGAUGGAGAAACCCCGUCUCUACUAAAAAUACAAAAUUAGCUGACUAAGGUGGCAGGCACCUGUGAUCCCAGCUACUCACGAGGCUGAGGCAGGAGAAUUGCUUGAACCUGGGAGGCGGAGGUUGUGGUGUGCCGAGAUUGCAACAUUGCACUCCAGCUUGGGCAAGAGGGGCAAAACUCGUUAAAAAAAAAAAAAAUUAUGAAGCCUUACAAAAGUAAUAAAUAUGGCAAAGAAUUUCAUAUGAAAUCAUGCCUCUCUACCCAUCUAUUAAUCCAUACUGGAAGGAAACCAUACCAAUAUAAAGAAUACAAGAAGAUCUUCAGGCACAUGUUUUCCCUAACCUCUCAUCAAGAGAAUUCACACUGGUGAUUGACCUUAAACAUGUAACAAGUGUGGCAAGGUCUUCACUUAAAAUACACACCUUGUAAACUAUCACAGAAUCCAUACUGGUGAGAAAUCUUACAAAUGAAUGACAGCAUCUUCAAAUAAAAUGCACAUCUGGCACAACAUUGGAAAAUUCAUACUGUAGAGAUACCUUUUAAAUGUAGCAAAUGUGGCAAAGUCAAAGUCACAAUUCACAUCUUGCACAUCAAAUAAUUCAUACUGGAGGCUGGGUGCGGUGGCUCACGCCUGUAAUCCCAGCACUUUGGAAG